UUAUUUCGGUGUAUUCAAGAUGGCAGCAUGUCCCGAGCAGGAGAUAGACGGGAUCCUAUCGACGGAUUUACGCUCAAAUUUUCCCGUUUCUCCUGCGCCGAUUCCGAACAGUGAAGUGAUCUCUAAGCACUCACGGACCAGGGAACGUAGCCUAUCAAAGAAGGUCUCCAACAACGAGCGGGACAUCAACCAGCUCUCGGACGACGCCUUUGAGAGCGUGCUGCGCGAGCUGGUGGAGUGCAAGCCGCAGGCGCGCUCGAGCUCGCUGGUGCGCAGCUUGCGCCGCGAGGUGCGCGACCAGGAGGAGCUGUUUGAUGGCUCUCUGCACGCACUGCCCCUGCUCUCCUCGUCUGCCUCCGGAGGGCACCACCAGCCACGACACCACCACAGGCCGGGCGGCUCCGUCUCGCUUCAGGACUUGGCCAGCAGCUCACCCAUGCCGUCAUCCAGCAUGGUGCGACCGCGCGGGGGAGGGGUCCCCAACCCAGCAGGUCGCGGCAUGAGGCAGGUGAAUGCAUCUCGCCUUGCGGACGCCCGUACAGCGCGCCUCGACCACCACAUCGAAGUGGCUACGGCGGCUGCCACAGCCGCAGCUGCCAACAGCAACACUGGAAGCGGAAACAGCAGCGGCAGCGAGGCAUCACGCGCCGACGAAGAGAAGCCCAGUGCUGCGGUGGCUGCCCUCGGCAGGGUUGACGAGCCUUCCUGCGCCAUCAAGUUCCCGCUCCUGGUCAGGCCUGGCAAGACGCCGCAGCCCGAUCAGGAGCUGGUGACCAUCAAGAACGGCAGCAGUAUGGCCAUGAAUGACGACACCGCCGAGUUGCCGGCACCGCUGGACCAUUGGCCCCCGCCGGGUCACCACUGCAGUCAUAGACCACAACCACACCACGUUCAUUGCUGCAAAGGAAUUUUGCAUGGACAAGGAAGGCAGGAUGUCCUUCUUUGGAGGCACUUCGACAACACCGUCCACACGCCGCGAGAGCGACCGACGCCAAAGCAGCAGCGAGAAAAAUGCAUCGCUGUACCAUUUGCCGGCACAGCACCUUCUUGUCACCCGCGCUGGGUGCGUUCCAUUCGUGAUCGAGGGGCGCUCGGACACAUGCUAAUGACUGUUGUGUUGCUUCGUCUAAACCAGUGGCCUUGGCAAUUGGGUAUCUUGGCACACUGUGACACAGGAACUGUGACUGCCAUAGCACAGAGCCGCAUCCGUGACGGUGAACUUCACAGCAACAAUGGCUCAUACUCUGCACGUAAAAGCAAGAGGUCUCGCAACCAUGUGGAUCCUACCGUGAUGGCCGAACAAAUGACGGGCCACCGCGGCAGCGACUCCAUUGACACGCUGCUGGCUUACAUCUACUCGGAUGACAAGAGUGGAGCACCGAACAGCUCAAACAACGGAGGCAACAGUAUGAGCACGGAGAACCGCAAGGGCAAGAACAUGCGCAAAGGUGCCACCUCGUCUUCGUCAAACUCCAGCGGCGCCAAGAACUCCCUGUCGAGUCCGCCACCGGGCCAGGCCGACGAAAAAGAGGUGGUGCAUGAGGGCUUGUCGGAGGACGUCAUCAACAACAACUUCGACUCGUCACAUCGACGAGCUGUCUUUGAGGACGCUCCACUUUGCGGCGGUGGAAGUGGCGGCAGCCCCAACGAGAAGGAGCGCUCCUUCUCGCCGAGCUUUUACUCGGACUACGGCACUGAGACAGAGCUCACUGGGAGCUACAGGGUGGACCUGUCAUCCUACUCGGACGUCGACCAGAUCCAGGAGUCUGAGUUCAGGCUAGUCACAAAGAAGCAGCGGCGGAGAGCUCAGCUCAAGAAGGCAGCGACGACAGUGUACGAGGGCUUCCACAGGCCUCUCGGCGGAGGAGGGGGCACUGCGAUGGAAUUUGGCAGCUCGCAGGGAACCGCCAUCACUUCUGCAACUGGCAAUGGACCAGUUGAGGACUCAACUGUGCGGAGACCUGGCGUGCACUCUCUGGAGAGCCUGUCUCAACCACAACAGCAGCAGUUGCAGCAACAACGCAAUAGCGUUGGCGCAGCAAGCAUCCGGCAAGAGCCCCCCGCCACGGUGGCGGGGGGCGGCCGCCAGCACAACUACACGGGCUCGGCGCCGCCUUCCGAGCCGUCUUCUCCAGAGAACUCUGACCUGGACAGUGUCCACUCGCUGCCAGUGAGCAGUGGCAGUGGCGUGGCUGCCACCACGGUCUUGCAAACGUCGUACGCUGACAUUGCACGCAUGUCUUGCCGGCAGGGCCGCGGUGGGACUAGUAGUAAUGGUGGUGGUGGGGGAGGUGGUGCCGCUGCAGCGAAUUUGUCGGCGGGGGCAGAGAACCCAGCAGCUGUAGUAGUGCCUUUGCAACAAACGGCAGUUCGGCCGACUAGUCAAGGAACAGAGGCUCUGGCGGUGGCUAUGACGAGCGCAGUGGCGCCCACGGCAGGUGGCCUGGCCACCAUGACUGUGAGCGCUGGCAGUGCGCGCGAGAAUGUUUCGUCGUCCUCCACGGAGUGUUAUCAGAGUGGCGAGGGUGACAGGUCAAGCAGCCCUGCGGUUGUGCUCCUGGACGACAUUGGUGGCACGCCACCCACGACACUGGGCGAGAUAACUUUUGGUUUUGAUGUGAACGAGCAGCUAGUGCAAAUGAGUCUGAACAGUCAGUUCCAAUGUGUGCCUUCGGGGGGAACUCUUGGGGAAGGGGGAGAGCCUGCGGCCACAGCUCCUGCUGCCGCUGCUGUCAUGGCGCCUCCUCGCUUUGACGGGCGGCCCGAAGAGCUGGGCAGGUUUAACCACAGGGACGUGGUGGACUUCCUGGACUGGGAGUGGGUGAGAGCGUACCAGAGCUACGAAAAAGAAGGCUCCUCGGACUCCAAGACAAGGGUCCUGUACUACUGUGAUUCGUCGUCCUCCGGUGGCCAGCAGCAACAGAACAGCUAGCCUGCGCACAUGUGCACUUGCGUGGAAUGAAGCUCCGAGAAGAGGCAACGGACGAGCAGCGCAGUUCGGUUCAUCGCUAUGUCCGCAACUGUGCUGUGGUGGAAAACUGGUCGUGUGGCGCGUGCAUGCUUGACCUGCUCUGGCCGUCUCUAUCUCUCCAUCCCUCUCUCGUGGCUCUUUUUUCUCGUCGCCGGCACAAAAGUGCUUCUCCUUGUUUAUCAUCGCCUGGCUCUCUCGCCUCAGCAAAGUCUUCCGCCGCUGCAAGCAAGCAAGCAAGCCGCGUGAAAGUCUCCAAGCACAGGGCUUCACCGCCCCUUCUGCGUCCUGCCACAGCCUCCUCACUACUCCCAUCUGAUGCCUUUUUCAUUCGUCCCUUCCUCGUUCAACAAGAGAGGCAAGACUGGUGAAGCGUGUAGCGGCUCGUCCAUGAUCACAGUCAGCCGCCGCUGCUCUGCUUUUUGCCCGAGCCGCACCAAGUCGAUUUGUGAAAGCACGACGAGAGCUCCCUUGGCUUGGCUCACCUUGCAAAACCCUUUUUUUUUUUUCUUUGCAACGUUGCAACCUGCAAAUGUAACGUGCCACAGACACGUCGGAAGCUUUCUGGUGUGGCCCCAGAGACUGUUUGUGUGUGUUUGUGCGCGCCUUUCUCGUCUUGUGUGUUUUCUGUGAUGCCGUGCUGCUGCAACUGACGUAGCGGGUGUGAUGUGACGUGCAGCAGAGGGGUGGCUAUGCAUAUUGACUUUGAACAGUGGCGUGUGUCGCGCCAUUCCCCUUUCACGGAAGGAAGGCAGGUGAAACUGCUGGUUGAAACAGCCCCCCCUCAAGGGAGCGAUGGUGUGAGCGAAGUGUGCGAAGACGCAUCUUUGUUUCGGCUCCUUCGUCUUUCUCAUCUUGUCCCUUCGACGGCUGUAGGGACUAUAUAACAAAAAAACACAAGCGCUUGCUCAGCGUCGUGCGGACAAAUGCUCACGAGUGGUGCCAGACAGGAAACAGUACAGAUUGUUGUUGUUGCUCUCUAUUUCCUCCUUCGAAUGACGUCCCAUCUCCCCCUCCCUUCCUGACCUCCCCCCUCAACCCUCUCCUAGAUUGAAAGUGACUGUUUUCCUCCCUUUCAAAAGGUGUGGAGCAUGUUUGCACAUUUCUGGAACUGCAGCAUCACACGGGUAGGCUCUCCCAAGGAGUGCAACUAACACAGUCCGGGGCAGAGUGUGUGUGUGUGUGUGUGAGAACUUCUUGGCCCUGUGUACUGUGGUGGCAGACUGCUUAUUGAAAGCCGAGCUGAGCACGGACAGCUGUGACUGAACGCAUAGUCGUGUCUUGCAAGAAAUCUUAAGUUGGUGGGGCAUGAAGACUGGGGCAUUUGUUGGAUCAUAUGGGUGUUGCAGAGAAGUUCCUCUUUGAUUGUUAUGUAGGGAACUGAGGCGCUGGACAAUUUUUUUUUUAUCGGCGUUCUGGAAAGAAAAGGCUCGGAAACUGGCUGCAUGAUGUGUGCUAAAAGUGUGAGCCUCUGUGUGUGCGUGCAUUGUUGUGUGUGUGCAUGUUACCUUAUACUCAUGCGGCACUUUGGUAGUGUUGUGAUGUUUACUUUUUUUUUAUCGAGAUUGACUUUUCAAAUUGGACUGCUACUGCCACAAGUGUCCGUGGGAUUAAGGGUCAGGGGAUAAAAUGUCUUAAUGAGGCACGAAAAAGAUAAGUGGAAGUGUCUGUUAUUGCGCAUUAAGAUUGGCCGUUAGAGUGUGUGUCUGUGAGCGUACUUUUUUUUUUGAAGACCUUGAAGUAUUCUACAGUCAAAAUGCACUACCAGAAGAGCCGCUCUGUUGUUACACAGGAGUUCAGUACAGUUUGUCCACGCCUUCUUGAAUGCCGGACUUGAGUUUUAUGCACAGGUCAAGCCUGAUCCCUUUUUUUUUCUUUUUCCACGUGCUUGACAACAUUGUGAUGACUUUGCCACAUUUUAAUUUUUUUUUGUUUGUUUGCUCUUCUAGAGUCUGCCAACACCAUUUUUGUUGCCGAAAUGGUGUUGCACAUUAUUUAUUAUAUAAUUAUUGUUACCAGAGCUGAAAGACGGCGGGGGCACUGGUGAGGUGCGCAGUGUUUCUUGCUGCAGUGACUUGCAGGUUUUCAAGGUGUUGACCUGUGAUGGAACAAAAGAAAGUAUAUAUUAUAGGUCAGGGUAACGAAUCCUUCCAUUCAUCCCCACCCCCUUAUCACCCUCCCACUUUGCCAAAUUGAUCGGCCUGAUCAGCCCCUGUUUUAAGCGUGAUGAAAGGGGGGAGGGUCCGAUGGAACUCUUCCUCCGUAGGCAACAUAUCGGUGUAGAUGUGGAAGGCUCAUGUGGUAGCUGACGACAAGUGUUGUCGUUGCCUCGCAGGGAUGGCUCUGCGCGCUCUCGGGAAGAACGUGCAGAAAGCGAUUGUUGAGGAAAUGAAAAACAAAUUUCUGUGUUCCUUAGUUUAUUCGUAGUUUAUAAAAAUGCAACAAGUUUUGGCACAACCCCCCAACCCACCCCACCAAGCCCUCCUUUAUUGCCAGGUUCAGAAGUUUCUCCCAGCACUUGUUUGUCAUGCAAGGCAUUCUUGGGGCGUGGAAGAUGCUCUUGGCUGUGCCGUGCCUGAUGCAUGAUAUAGGAGAGGAGCAUAAUAGGUGUUUUUGUUUGUUUUCUGUGUUUGAGAGAGCGUUAAAUGAAUGUCUAAAAGUAUUCACUAGUCGACGAUGAAGAGGCGAUUUAAAUAACGAGGAGCAUCAGUCGAGACCCAAGAGAUGAAAAGCGUUCGUAAAGAGGACUAUUGUAAUGUCCGCGAAUGUGCACGUGCGCGGGUGUCUUUCUCGACUGGGCCCGAACUUCGUCCCUGCUUUUCGAGUGUCUGUGAAUGCGAAGAAGAAAAUAUAUAUAUAUAUAUAUAAUGUGCGAAAAAUCUUAAUGGCUACCGCGUGAAGAACACUCAAAGUUCUGGCGUUCCUUUCAUCCCAUUCAUUAGAGGUGGUGUAAAAGAAAACGACAUCGAGGCAAGUUUUUUUUUUUACAUUUUGCCUGCUGCUUUUCCUAGCCAAAAGAGCCUGUUCGCUGAACAUUCCACAUUGGAUUGGGCACUACUACAAUGCGCAGUCUUGCGCGCUCACUGGAGUGUUCGCGUGUAUUACCCCAUAGCGAACGAAAAACAGUGUUCAUGACGGCGCUGUGUACUUCGCCUCGCCGCCAGAGACAAUUUUAUCGCGACACGGUUUGUCUCCAUUGGUUCGUGGUGGCCAGUGGCCUGGCAUACGUUAAAGACUUCGUGCUUUUUUUUUUUUUUUUCGCGCAGCAACGACAGUCCCCUUACCCUUGGCCUCCCCAUUGCAUUUGUGGAGGGGAUGAACGGGCCCAAAAGAAAGUGCAAUGAAAUAAAAACAGUUGCUUGAAGAGUU